GCUUCCCGCCAGUAACGCUCGGACCGUUCACGAGUUUACUUAUUCCUUUUCCGGGGUGUCCCUACGCGUUACGUUUACGCUCUCUCAUACGCGAUGUAAGCCGGAAGUUGUUCGUAUUUCUAUGGUAAACGUUGUGAAUAUGUAUACAUAUCAAUGAAGUUGUGGGUUAUUGAUGUGAAUGUUACUUGAUGAAUAUUUUAAGAAAAGCAGAAAUAUUUCCCAAUAUUAUUUUAAUAUUCCCAAGCAGAUGAUGUAAAACAUCUAUUUAAUUUUUAAUAAUGUUGCUCCUUGGACGCAAAACAAGCCAUGUUACAAAAUACUCAUUUUGAAGUAUUCUAGAGUGCUUGAAUCCAUAUGGAAAAAUCUAAUAUAGCAAACAUUUAGUAACAAGUUGAUGUAUUUUUAUGGAAUGUAUGUGUAUAAAACAUUCUAACCAAAAUUGGCGCCGUGAUUUGGAAAACCAGAAGAAGCAAUAACCCUGUGUGGAAAAUACUGAUUACCCAGUCUGCAUUUUUUUAGUGUCUUUAUAAUGAUCCUCGCGACUAUAAAAAAAAUUAAUGUCAUUAGCAGUUCGUAAUUCUCCUAAAGUGAAAAUGACUGUAACCGAGUCUAAAACAACAGAAGAUGCACCCGCUGAUCGCCACGAGACUCUCCCCAUCCACCAAAUCAAUCCCAGCUACACAGUGCGCGUCGUAUGUUGCGUUCUCUUCAUUUUUCUUACUGAGAUCUUCCUUGCUCAUUACGUGUACCGAUUGAUCAACUCGGAAAUCCGCGUGGAUUACUUGGAAAGACACACGUUCAACCAGUUCUUCCUCAACGAACUUCGAAACGAUGAUUUCCGGAACGAAUUGCGGAAAGUGUUGUGCGACUUUGAAUCGAGACCGAAGAGAAGUUUGAAGGCUAGGGUCGAGGCGAAUUAUUUGACUGAUCAGGCUGAGGAACCUCAGGUCGAGUUCUUUAACCCAAAGAUUCGAGGCAAUUUGGAAGAGAAGGACGAAGAAAUAAUCAAGAAAACGGGAAACAAAGGAGCUGCACCUGGUGGUGAUUCCUGGAUAUGGGUGACCAGCUCCAGCAGAAUACCGGUAAUAAUCGUACUUUCAUUGAGUUGUCUUAUUUAA